CUGCUGCACUAUCCGCGACUCUCGGCGUCUCACACCACACGCCGCUUUCCGAUCACGAUAUAUAUCUACCUAUAUUAAAUACCGUAUAGCUCGAUCGUAGCGCCCGUUCAUGAUACAAUACGCAUGCAAAACCGCAAAACGUCAAGAUUAUUAUCAUGCAAUCAAUAUGAUUAUCGGAUAUUAAGUGAAGUGCUCUUGAUUCGUAGCGGACAGGAAAUUCUAAAGUGUUGCGAGCCUUUCGAAAAGUCCGUGAGAUGUCAAGAAAAAUUGAUGACACAAACAUUUUCCUUUAUAAUCAUUUCGCAAGAUUUAUGUAUACGGCAUUUCCUUACGUAAUUUGAAAUCACUGUACGAAGAAAUCGAAAUUAUUUGUAAAUACUUUAUUGGCAAAGGUUGCGAUACAUAUAUACAUUUAUAUGCACGUCUGUGGUCGAUUUAUAUAUACACGUUCACGCCGUGUUGCUCAACGAUCCUUGCAACAACGCCAGGCAUUUCGAAUAAAGAUUCUACAAAGUCGCAUAGAUUUAUAUGCUAGCGUCGUACAAAGAUUUAUUUGCGAGUUUAGAUGUAAUACAUACAUGUACAUGUAUAUAUAAUUGUUACGCUAUACGUGUAUUAGAAUGGCGCCAAACUCUUGGAAAUCGUAGUUUACAUAAAAUCAAAACAAGACAACGUGCGUAAUUACUUAGAUAAGAUUAAAAACACGCAAGGUAUACUUGUGCAGCUGUAAAAAAUGGUUUACGAUGAUCGGCAUAAAACGCUUUUGCAAGCAAUUAUCCACAAAGGUCUUUUACAUGAAACUAGAGUGAAAGAUUUGAGUAUUAGGUUGUUUAAUGAUGAUAAUGUAUCGAAAAGAAUAAAUGAAAUAAAUGAGAAACUGUUGCCUGUAGAUAUGCUGAUAAAAAAAGCACAGUGUGAAAUUACAGGUCAGGUAUACUGGGUCUUCAUAAGCACCGUACUUGACGAUAUAACCAAAUUUCAAACAGAAUUUUCCAAAGAACAAUUGGCUUUCGUACGAAAUAUAUUUUCUGAAAUUAUGGGAUCAGAAACAGGAUGUAUAGAAAGUAUUAAGUGUUUGAAUUUAUGCUCCAUACCAGAAGUAAAAUUAUCAACGACAAAUGCCGAAAUAUUCUUAGAGGAUAUAGUUGACAGAAAAUGGUUGAUUCAGAAGGACGGCUUUUUCUAUUUUGGUGUAAGAACUAUAACAGAAUUAAUGCCAUAUUUCAGAGCUAAUUUUGGAAACAAUUUAAGUGUCUGCUGCCUUUGUAAGCAAGUUGUUUUUCAUGGCAAGAGAUGUGACAACUGCGACCAACUUGUGCAUUUAUACUGUUUAAAAAGACUGUCUAUGGUUCAUAAUCCUAUAAAGUGUCCCAACUGUAACAAAGUCAUCAAAGACAUGGAUUUCUCUGGUAUGUUGAACGAUGUGGAGAUGGAAGAUGCAAGUGAAUAAGUCUAUAAAGAGAAUCCAAGUAUCGAGAAGAGAAAAUUGAAUUAAUUACGCACAAGAAAUAUACUUACAAUACUUUAUAUCGUACAUGUUUUCUAUACAAUGAAUUGAUAUUGUACAGUAUAUUUACAACAGUGUGUCCAGCAUAAUAACGUAAUAUGAUACAAAUGCUUCAAGUA